CUGUGCGUCGCGGUGGAGGGCAGUAACGCGUCCCUCUCUCCCUCCCUGUCUCUCUCUCUCCCAACCGUCCAUGUCCGUCUCACCAUCUUGCCCUCCGUGUGACAGCUGAAGGAAACAAUAGUCUUUUAAGAGUCCACGACGAACGUGUUUGUGUGAGUGUUUGGGGAGUGCAAGGACGUGUGCCCCGCCGCCCCGACCCAGGUGUGUACACAGGUGAGCCGAGACAGACAGGCCGAGACAGACGGGCGGCCCGGCAGCAGCACCAGAGCCAGCGCCAGCGUGUGCUGCCGCGCCGCUGAGCACCGCGGGACUGUGCCGGGGCGGGACGCCGCGGGGCGGAGUGUCGGGGCGGGGUGGGCGGAGCGGUGCCUGACCUGACACAACGCGGCGUGUAGAAUGUGUGCCAGCGUGCUGCCGCGGGGCUCCUGCUGGUGACGUCACCGACGGCGAGUCGUUCGGCGCCUGCUGUGGGGGGCAGCAGCAGCAACAGCAGAGUGCCGGCGGGAGGCGGCGCCCGGGGGGUGGUGGGCAGGCCCCACCAGGGGCAUGGUGACGCCGGGCUGGCCACGGGUGGUGGAGGUGGCGGCGGCGCGGGCGGCGGCGGCGACGGCAGCCGACGGGGCGGGGCGGGGCCUGUGAGCGGCAUGGCGGGCCUCUGCGGCUGCUGGCAGCUGUCCUCCCACGGACACUGCGACGGCUGCGGCUACAAGGUGCUGCUGCGGGGAGCCCUAAACCCCGGGGAGCGGCCCGCCCGCCAGGGGACCUCGCCGCCCGUGCUCAUAAAGCGGGAGCGGCGCGAGGAGGCCCCGGCCGCCGGCGACACGCCCAUCCGCCAGCUGCAGGCGUCCCCCUCCCAGCACCGCCGCCACUCCCACCCGCUGCACCUGGCGCCCCUGCAGGGGCCCGCCCUCUCCCACAGCUUGCAGCGCCGCCCCCCCAACGCCCUCCCACAGUCCUCCGCCUACAAUGUGCCGCUGGAGGGCGAGGUCGCCCUCGGGAGCGCGCAGCACGCGUGGACGGCGGGGGCGGCCUUCCCGCACCAAAUGCUGCUGAGCACCAUGCAGCCCCCCGAGGAGCUCCGCGGCACCCCCCGCCCCCGCCACUCGCCCCAGCCCACGGCGCCGCCCUCCCCGCGCCCCGCGCCCCGGCCCCCGCCCUUCGACCUGGGCUCGUUCAUCCCGCCGCUGUCUCCGGGGGGGCUGCUGGGCGCGGAGCACGAAGGGGCGGCUUUCUUCAGCGGGGGCGGCGCGCCCGCGUCCCACCUGCACACCCGCUACCACGCCCUCAGCCUGGCGCGCUCGUCCUCGCGCUCCCACACCGACCUGCGCGAAGCCCCGCCCCAGACCACCUCCGCCCCCUCCCCCCGCUCCCGCCCGCCCUCCCUCUACUGCUCCCUCACCCUGCCGCCCCCGCCCCCGCCGCCCCGAGCACGGAGGGUCAGCGUGCGUCGCCCCCAGGAGGUGCGCCCACACGCCCACACCUGUCCCGCACACCUGCACCCCCUCCCCCCCCACAGAGCAUCACACACCUCCCCCUCACACGCACACCGCCUGCCCGCAACACACCCACAACCCCCCUCCCCCACACACUCGCCGCCUGCCUCACCCCCAUGGCUGCUGUAUGCCGUAGAGAUAAACGCUUAG